CGCGACAUCAGACAGACAACGUCUAACGCGCCAGCAAUAUCAAAGACUGGGCAGACAUAUUUCUCCCACUCAUAAGGUCCGAAGUUACGGUGUUGCUAUUCAUUUUACUUGUAAGGCUCUGACAGCGGAAAGCUGUAGGAAGUGAAUUGCUUACAAUGAGGUAACCCCUACAUCCCACCGAGACUGCCAAAUUCAUUCCAGGUCCUUGGAUAUUUCUAACUACUCUCCGAUUUCAUAUAGCUCUCCUUUACGCCCAAGUAACUCUGCUGGUAACAGAGGACGAACAAAUCUGACCAGCAGGAAGCGUGGUCAUGACGGCCUUGAUGACAACUCCUCGGCACCACCCCCUUCGAGCCGUAAGCUAAAUCUGUGAUCGGUCAAAAUACGGCGUGUAUCUUAAGAUGGUUUCUAAUCAGCAAAUUUAGCGCCUCCUUCCUCCCCGCCAAUGCUGCCUCUUGAUGAGGCCGACAAUGAAGAUGACAUAGCGGCAGAGGAAGGGUUUGUUCCCGAUAUAGACGAUCUAGAGGAGAUGGCUGAGGAUGACGAUGGUAUUGAUCUUUUCGCAGACAACUUCGAAAGAGAUUAUGCCAAUCGUCCCGAUGAUGGGUACGCGGGAGUCGAUAUCGAUGACGCAGAUCAAGAGGAACUAGACCCGGCAGCAAGACGACAACUUGAGGCACGGCUCAAUAAACGAGACCGCGAAAUAGCUCGGAGGCGAAAAAUGCCGGCUGCUUUCAUGCAGGAAGACGACUUUGAGGGUGUUCCCGAUCUGUCGCUACAGACACGCAGACACAGACGCAACUAUGAUGAGGAGAGCCAGAACGCUGACAUGGAUGACCCAGAAGCUGACCUAACUCUGGAAGAUAUGGCCGAUAUCAAAGCCGAUAAUCUUACGGAAUGGGUAGCUACUCCAGCUAUUCAUAGGGCAAUCUACCGAGAGUUCAAAUCCUUUCUAACGGAGUUCACAGACAAGGACGGCAUUUCAGUCUAUGGUACCCUCGUGAAGAAUCUCGGAGAAGAGAACUCAGAGUCUCUUGAAGUCGCAUAUCCUCAUCUCAGCGAGUCAAAAUCGAUCAUCGCAUACUUCCUAGCGAACGCUCCAGCCGAAGUGCUCAAAAUUUUCGACCAGGUGGCUAUGGAAGCUACAUUGUUGCACUACAGAGACUAUCACCGCAUCCAUAGCGAAAUCCAUGUACGAAUCACUAACCUACCCGUGAAAUACACCCUACGACAACUUCGGCAAAGCCAUCUCAACUGCCUUAUCUGUGUUAGCGGUGUGGUUACAAGACGAACCGGUGUUUUCCCGCAAUUGAAAUACAUUAUGUUCAACUGCAGCAAAUGCGGCAUCACGCUUGGACCUUUUGAGCAAGAGUCAAGUAGCGAGCUGAAAAUCUCGUUUUGUCAAAACUGCCAAAGCCGUGGGCCCUUCACAUUGAACUCUGAGAGAACUGAAUAUCGUAACUUCCAGAAAUUAACCCUUCAAGAAUCUCCGGGGACUGUACCCGCUGGUAGACUCCCACGCCAUCGUGAUGUUAUUCUUUUGGCAGAUUUGAUUGAUUCUGCCAAACCUGGUGAUGAGGUUGAAAUCACCGGUAUUUACCGCAAUCAAUACGAUCUUCCAAUGAGUCAAAGAAGUGGGUUACCAGUUUUCAGCACAAUUAUCGAGGCUAACCACAUUGUCAAAUCUCAUGAUCAACUGGCUGGGUUUCAGUUGACUGAGGAAGAUGAACAUCAAAUCCAAGCCCUAUCUAAGGACCCUAAUAUUGUUGAGAAGAUCAUUGCCUCAAUUUGCCCAAGUAUCUAUGGCCAUGGGGACGUCAAGACUGCGGUCGCUCUUUCACUGUUUGGUGGCGUCAGCAAAGUGGCUCAGGGAAAAAUGAACAUUCGUGGAGAUAUCAACGUACUAUUGCUUGGUGACCCAGGUACCGCCAAAUCACAAGCUCUAAAAUACAUAGAAAAAACUGCCCAUCGUGCAGUUUUUGCUACUGGGCAGGGAGCCAGUGCGGUCGGUUUGACUGCAAAUGUGCGUCGUGACCCAAUGACCAGUGAAUGGACCCUUGAAGGCGGUGCGCUAGUGUUGGCUGAUAGAGGUACCUGCUUAAUCGACGAAUUUGACAAGAUGAAUGACCAAGACCGCACAUCUAUUCAUGAGGCAAUGGAGCAGCAGACAAUAUCUAUAUCAAAGGGUGGUAUCGUUACCACACUCCAGGCCCGGUGCUCGAUUGUUGCAGCUGCGAACCCUAUUGGGGGCCGCUACAGGGGUACGCUUCCUUUUUCUCAAAAUGUCGAACUCACUGAGCCUAUUCUUUCUCGUUUCGAUAUUCUCUGUGUUGUUAGAGACAUGGUCAACCCAGACGUGGAUGAAGGCUUGGCUUCAUUUGUGAUGAAUUCGCAUUAUCGCUCGAACCCAGUUAAAGAUGCACAAGGGAACCCGGAAGAAGAUGGGUCAGAAGACUCUCCUGAAUCCAGGUUUAAGGCACAGAGAGAGGAGGCCAUCCCGCAAGAACUAUUGCGCAAGUACAUCGUCUACGCACGGGAGAAAUGUCAUCCAAAAUUAUAUCAAAUAGAUGAAGGCAAAGUCGCUGAGGUCUUCGCCGAUUUGAGACGAGAAAGCCUAGCCACUGGUGCAUAUCCUAUAACGGUACGUCAUCUUGAGUCAAUCAUGCGAAUCGCUGAGGCAUUCUGCAAAAUGCGCCUAUCCGAAUACUGUUCAUCUCGCGACAUUGACCGUGCGAUUGCUGUAACCGUUGACUCCUUUAUUGGUAGUCAGAAAAUAAGCUGUAAAAAGGCUCUCUCACGGGCAUUUGCCAAGUAUACCCUUAACAAACCCAGGUUAAAACGGGACGGGGGUCCGGGCCGUAACUCUUCAUCCACCCGUAACUAA